AUGAGUAUCGAUAUCGAAGAAUUUGGAGGGGAAAAUGUCGAGGAUUUUAAAAUAAAAAGUGAAAUUAAAUCAAUAGAAAGUGAACUAAAAAAUUGGUUUAUAAAAAGACGAUUAAAUAUGGAAUUAAAUUAUUCAUUAAAAAAACUUUUUGAUAAUUAUAAUUUUGUUGGGUUAUCAAUAAAUAGAAAUAUAGAUAUGAAAGAUAAAAUGAUGUGGUAUGAUAUGGUUAAUGGUAAACCAGAAUUAGAAGAUACUUUAUCAAUUGAUGCUAAGGAAUAUAAAUGUGAUCAAUAUAUGGAUUUGUGGAACUCAAGUACAACUGUUGAUAAUCCUUGCAGGCUUGUAGGUUCAAUUUAUUUUCGAUGUUUAAAAAAUAAUUAUACUUUAAACCAAAAAGAUAGAGAGCAUAAGUGUAUACACAGUUUUAUGAAUUUUAACAAUUGUAGAAAAGCAUUAAAACUACAACAAGCUAAUAAUAUUAAAAACUCAAUGAUUAAACAAAAUACUGAAGAUAAUAUUGCUAAAGCUUUAUUCGAAAGACGAAGUAAACUCCUUGAAAUAGUCAAGGGAAAUCAGUAA